AUCCCACUUAGGUAAAUGCAGAUGAGCACUAGUUGAUUUGUGAAAUUUCUAUCCCAAUACCAGCAUGUUUUUAGAGAAAAAAAGGACAUAUUCACAUAGUGCUAUCUAAACCAGUGAGUGGAACAAUUCUUCAAUCCAGAUAUUAAGAUGAGCACAGAUGGUGUGGAACACUCAGAGGCUCACCAUGAACAAGCAGACAUCGAACAAAGACAAAUUAAAACAGAGAACCUCAACGACUCUCUCCAUGCACACAAAACAUGUCACCCGGCACAAGGAUCCCCAAUACCUGGAGUCCAGGCAAGCCAGCUGUCAGUGGAGCUCCCCUCCCUCCACACCAUGCCACAGCUGGUGCUUAUGUCAGGCUCUCACCACCUCUCAUCCCCCUCCUCCUUCCUCCUCUCUCAGACACAACAUACGGGGCAUCAAGCACUUCUGCAGCAGAACCUGCACAACUUUCCCACCCAGAGCCAGUCAGGUCUCCUCCAGCAUCAGCCUGGGUUAGCACUAACACCUCAGGCAAUGAGUCGGUCGGGCCUGACGUCGUCGUCCAUGGAAGGACACGUGGACAUGUCCCACCUGCAGGUCCCCAAACACAUCGGGGCCCCCCAGCAGGACGAUCCCAGCGACCUAGAGGAGCUGGAACAGUUUGCCAAGGCCUUCAAACAGAGACGCAUCAAACUGGGCUUCACCCAGGGUGAUGUAGGCCUGGAUAUGGGGAAACUGUAUGGGAAUGACUUCAGUCAGACUACCAUCUCCCGCUUCGAGGCACUCAACCUGAGCUUCAAAAAUAUGUGCAAGUUGAAGCCGCUACUGGAGAAGUGGCUGAGCGACGCAGAGAAUUCUCCCUCUGACUCUAUGGCCAACGUUGCCUCUCUACCCCCCCUGAUGGAAGGCUAUGGAAGAAAAAGGAAAAAGAGAACAAGCAUUGAAACCAACAUCAAGUUCACCCUGGAGAAACGCUUUCUUGACAACCCCAAGCCUAACUCGGAGGAGAUCACGCUGAUCUCAGAGCAGCUGUCUAUGGAGAAGGAGGUGGUGCGGGUGUGGUUCUGUAACCGUAGACAGAAGGAAAAGAGGAUCUACUGCCCUGUGUCCACCUCAUCCAUGAAAUCACAUAACUUCAACCCCAGAAUGCCUUCAUGUAACACCCUGUUUCAGGCCUCCACGUCCAGAUCAUACAGCCCUCUUGCUUCAGGAGGAGUGUCAUCGAGUCCCUCUCCUAAUAGUCCUGGUCAUGGGCCUUCGCUCGGCACACUCUCGUCUGGCUCCCCUGCUUUGACCUCCCAGGUCAACCAAUCCUUCAGCUCACCAGGGUCGUGGUAUCGCACAUGGAACCCUAUGCCCUAUCACCACUGAGAAAUCCUGCCUGUUGUGGAAGAGAACUAAAACUACCGAUGUCAAUGAAGGGAAACAGAAAUGGAUACAAUCCAUCAAACACACAUAUUGUCAAAUGUCAUAUACAAUACUUGGUCCCGCUUUAAAUUAAGCUUCAUGAUGCCUUCAUAAGCACUACAUAAAUGUGUUGCAAAGUAUCUUUAACUGUAUUUCAUGGUUUAUAAAGGGUUCAUAAAUGUGGCCUAACUAUGUGACAUAAUCACCAAUGUCAACUGCCAUAACCCACUAUGUCGAAUGUGAUAUAAACAUGUGCUUUAUAAAAGGGUGACAUGUUGUGCUGAAGCAUGGCAUAAGGUUCUAAAGUGAUGUCAUGUUAGUCACAUUACUCCUAACCUCAAACACUUUGCGCAGAAGAUCUGGUGGACCAACACAUUAAACUUGGCCUUCAUAAGUUAGGGUUAGGUUUAAAAUCAAAUUUUUGUUCUGUGAAGGGAGUAGUACACAGCGUUGUAUGAGAUCUUCAGUUUCUUGGCAAUUUAUCGUAUGGAAUAGCCUUCAUUUCUCAGAACAAGAAUAGACUGACGAGUUUCAGAAGAAAGAUCUAUGUUUCUGGCCAUUUUGAGCCUGUAAUCAAACCCACAAAUGCUGAUGCUCCAGAUACUCAACUCGUCUACAGAAGGCCAGUUUUAUUACUUCUAUAAUCAGAACAACAGUUUUCAGGUGUGCUAACAUAAUUGCAAAAGGGUUUUCUAAUGAUCUAUUAGCCUUUUAAAAUUAUAAACUUGGAUUAGCUAACACAACGUGCCAUUGGAACACAGGAGUGAUGGUUGCUGAUGGGCCUCUUUACGCCUAUGUAGAUAUUAAAUUUUUUUCAUCUACCAUUUCCAGCUACAAUAGUCAUUUACAACAUUAACAAUGUCUACACUGUAUUUCUGAUCAAUUUGAUGUUAUUUUAAUGAACCAAAAAUGUUAGAUUUCUUUCAAAAACAAGGACAUUUCUAAAUGACCCCAAACUUUUGAACGGUAGUGUAUGUGCUUACUGCACUACAGAAAAUCUGCUCACCAAACAACAGUGCAGGGCAUGCUCACUGAAAUAAAGGGCAACUACACACAAAGAAAACUACAUUUCUUAGAUUUUUCCUAGACCUCAAAAGUCGUCCCCUGAUGUGGUUUAAGCAUUGUUGUGAACACAGCAUUUUUUUGUUUUGUUUUUCUAUUUGAAAAAAGUGUAAAAAAAAAAACCUGGCAUAAACCAGAAAAAAAUGGGGGAAAUCCAAAACCUGGAAAAACAAAACGGUAUUCGAGAUAAAGACUGAAGGAGGCAAACAUUUUUAAAUGGCCUUUAUUAAAUAAAGGUUAAAAAAAAUUAAAAUGUAUUUGACCACCGGAAAAUGCAUGUAGCCUAUACAGUUGUAUAUGUUGGAUUCAGUUGAGCUGCCCAUGUACAUUGUUUUGUUUAGUAACACUUUACUUGACACCCAGCGUCAUAACAAGUUAUGACACGGUCAUAACCAUAUAUGUCAUAACACCUGACAUAACAUGGUCUUAACACUGUCAUGACCCAUAUAUUUACACCUGUUGUGGCAUAUAUUGCAUUAUUUUAUGGCUGGUUAUGACACCUAUUCAAAUGUUUUGUCCCUGCCAAGAAGUUUCCUUUCAUUUGAAAGUUUGUCCUUUGUCCUUUAUUUUUGUUAUGAAUUCUUUACAGUCAGUAACUAUUUUAAAUAAUUUUCUACUAACUUGUAGAACAUAUACUUUUUGACACGGUCAUAAACCAUUAUAACUACCCUGUGUCACAUGGACUAAGAAAAUACACUUAUGACACUACCAAGAAGCAGUAUGACCAUCAUAAUCAUAUAAGCAAGAUAGGCCUAUCACAUACAUGCCCUUACAUCUGUCAUCAGUCAAAAAUAGUCUCCUCGUGCUCCUGAAAUCUGUUUCUGUGUUCAUCCCAGUCAUUAGAAACAGAGCAUUGGGGUAGGUGCAUGUUUGACAUCAAUGUGUGCACAAUUACAAUGAUAAUUUAAUAUGGUACAUUUCAGAAAAUGUUAUAUAACACAAACAAGUAGGCUGUGGUGUAAUGGAAUGUUUUGCCUGGUGUGGUAGUUUUGUGGGUUUUGACACUCUUAUGUAGGUGUCAUAACCAGCCAUACAAUAACGUAAUAUAUUUCACAACAGGUCUAAAUUUGUGUCAUGACAGUGUUGUGAUCCUAUUAUGACAAGUUAUGUCAGCUGUUAUGACAUAUCAUGACAUGGUUAUGAUCAUGUCAUCAUGUGUUAAGACCCUGGGUGUCAAGUAAAGUGUUAUCGUAUUGGGUACAGUGAGGUUAAUUUGGAUAUUUUCUUUGUUAUUCAUCAGGGGUUCAGGUGUGACAAUAAUUGUGUACAAGGUGUACAUAGUAAAAGACAGCAAUCUUACAUAAUGAUGAUGUAUAUUGUUUUGUAUUUGUAUAUAUAAUGUUUGCAAAUAUAUUUAGGUUGUGAAAUUAUUAAAUAUUAUAGAGGGGCCAGAACUUUAGAAAAAUUAAUUAUUAACAUAAAAAAAUCUGCACUAGUAUUUUUUAAGGAAUGUUUCAGAAGUGCAUCACACUUUAAAAUCUGCAAUGUGUUUCAGUGUGAUCUAUCAAUGGUCCAAUUCAUACAUUGUUACAGUUCAUUACUUUCAUUAAACACACUUUGUUACAUUGUA